UACCAUUGGUAUUUAAGUAUUACAUACCAACAAUUUUGAAAAAAUGUACUUUUUCUUGUUAUACGUUGCAUCAAUAGUGAUUGUUGGUGAAGCUUCAACUAUCGAGCAAUUGUCAAGAAUUCCAGAAGUGCGCCGGUUCCAGCAGUAUAUACAGAUAGACACAGUCACUGGAAAAGAUCUUACCCCAGCUGUUAACUUCUGGAAGAAGCACGCAUUAAUUGCCCGAGCAAAGUUGUCCACUUACGAAGUUAUAGAAGGCUAUCCCGUGGUAAUCCUGAAAUGGCCUGGCAAGAAUUCCUCGCUGCCCAGUAUGGCGCUCGUCACGCACAUGGAUGUUGUGCCAGCGGACAUGAGGGAAGGAUGGACAUACCCUCCGUUUUCAGCGCACAUAGAUGAAAUCGGUGACAUAUACGGGCGAGGCACACAAGAGAAGUCCGUCACAAUGCAACAGUACGAGGCUCUUAUGCGAAUGAGAAAACAAUCUUCUGCUCUUAGGGAUGUCUAUAUGAUUCUUACGCCAGAUAAAGAAACGGGAUCGAGAAAUGGUAUUGCGCUGUUUUUAAAAAGCAAAUCGUUCAAAGAGUUGAAAAUUGGAUUUUUCCUAACAAUCGGAGUACCUUCAAUGAGUAAAGACAUCGCUUUACUGUACCGAGGCAAGACACGAUGGUCAUUCGAAGUGAAAUGUUCGGGACCCAGUGGAGACAGCACUUUAUUAAUUGACCCAGCUAUUUCAGCAGAUGGAACGUGUGGCCGCUUCUACAUGUCAUAUACGAAAUACAGAAAUGAACAAUACAAAGCCGCCGAAGAAUCAGACUCUUCCGAAAUGGACAACAUCACUGUCAUUAAUUUUGUAGGACCAAAAGUUAAUACUCUUCUUGGAGUAAUACCUUCUACUAUUAAUUUAUACUAUGACUCAUUUCUGGCGGUUAACACGAGCUUUGCUCAAUUCAAAAAGAUCGUUUAUGGGUGGCUUGAAGAGGCGGGGCCUAACGCUAAGUUGAGAACAUUGCUGCUGCAAGAAGCCGGCCCCGAUUCUGUGGUGGAUGAUGAUAAUCCUUACUACAAAGCCUUGGAACAGGCUUCCAUAAAAUUGGAUAUAGCAUUCUGCCCACGCACCGCCUCUCAACCUCAAGAGGCAGCGUACGUGUCGGCUGCGGGCUAUCCUGUUUUCGGCCUCUCUCCAAUAAUCGGCACCGAGAACCUAGUCCACGCUGUCAACGAACGACUCAAUAUACAUACAUUCUUAAACGGAAUAACAAUGUACGAAGAGAUCUUUAAACAGUUAUUCAACUUAUCCCCAGACGAAGUAUCGAACGAUCCCAGUGAUUAUCUGACGACGAACACAACUAAAUAAUG